UUGGGGGGCCGGGCGAAGACUGUAAAUCUUUCACUUUUAUUACCCCCCGAACAUAUGCUGCGUCGCUGCUCCAGCGUCUCUUCCACGGUGCACGGUACCUCGGCCAGUUUCCCCACCGGCUUUAUGGCUCCACAGCUCCAUCUUCCAAUUGACUUUUUUUUCUGGCAAAUUGUCCUUUGAAGAUGUUUACAUCGAAAACAGUGAUUAUAGAAAGAGAAUGUUUCUUCCAUUUCCCGUGUUGUUCUCUAAAAUACCAUAUGUGAGCUGGGAGCAAAAUAGACAGAGGAGACAAAAGGGGGCUCGCAACGUGUUUAUUUGAAUACAAUCUCGGACCUAUUUCUUUUACUAUAUGCCCAAACAUUAGACUAUUACUCAUUCGUCACUUUGUAAAUAUUUCCAAAUUAAUACAAAACAGACCUUUGUGUUGGUUAGUCCGUCCGGUAUCGAAUGUUAAAGAGCAGUAGCAAUGAGAAAUCCAAAUGAAAAUCAACAAAUGAAAAUGCUUUAGUAUUUUAAUACACCAGAUGUAUUUAAUUGCAAAAUACAGUGUAGAAGGAAUAGAACUUCACAAAUCAUGCCAAUAUACAGGGUGAUAAUUGUAAAAUUGUCAGAGCAAAAGAUGAACAUGCAUAGACCAAUUGUAAAAACCAUAAACACCAAAGAGUGUGAAGCAAAUAGUCUCAUAACGACUCUUAAAUCGAGUCAUGUAAGUGUGUGCCAGUAAGGACCACCCUUUCUCUGUAUUCAUGCAGAGGAAAGAUGUAAACGAGAAAAACCCUAUGACAACGUUGCAUUUUCAUCACAGAUAAUGAAAUGUAUACUCUUCCAUUUUAAAAUGGAUUUGUGAGGUAAGGCUUGGUUGAAGAAGCAGCCUCAAUCAGAACAAUCUGGCAUCUGGAUCACGUGAACAAAUAUGCUUGUAUUUUAAGGCUGUGCCUUUAUUUGUCAUCAUAAAGGUUCCGAAACACCCAAAAUCCUAAUGUUUCCUCCAACUGUGAUACUGUUCAGAAAUUCAGUAUAUUUCAGUAGGUGAUUGAUUGCCAGGAACGUUUUUUCUGGAAUAAGGAUACCUUCUUCGUUUUUUAUUGGUAGUUGAACGUCCAGGUGGAAGCAAUGAUGAAAGCGUGAGGGAAAAUACAAAGGACUUGCACAAAAUACGGUCACGGAACCCAGAGACGGUGGGAAACACCAACCACGUGGUACAAGAACAUCCAUGCCAUUGGAUAGAGCUACACUGGCCUUUAUGCUCUGAAUUCUCAAAAUGCAGAAAGCUACUUAUUACGAUAACUCUGGACUGUUUGGAAACUACUCUUACCCCAAACCAGACUCCUACAAUUAUGGACCAUCUCAUCAAUCGUACUCAACCUCUAACAUCGAGAAUGAUUAUCAGGGCCCGGUUUGUCCAAUACAGACCUCCACUGUUCGGCCACCAACACUCAAAGACAAUGACAUGAAUGGAAACUGCAUGCGACCAAGCAGCAGCCAAGCCAUCAGCCAACCAACCAGUCUGUCAGAGCAGCAGCCUCCCGCACUGACCGCAUCUUCACCUAGCUCCAACACAAACACGUCAUCUCAGAAGAAAAAGUCACCUUCAAACAAUGCUUCUAAUACUGCCACGCCAGUAAUUACCAAGCAAAUAUUCCCGUGGAUGAAGGAGACGAGACAGAACGCAAAACAGAAAGGCAACAACUGCACAUCUGCAGCAGGUGAGCCCUGUGAUGAAAAAAGUCCACCUGGGCCGGCCUCUAAGCGGGUCAGAACUGCCUACACCAGCGCCCAACUCGUAGAACUCGAAAAGGAGUUCCAUUUCAACCGGUACCUUUGUCGCCCCCGAAGAGUGGAAAUGGCUAAUUUAUUGAAUCUCACAGAGCGCCAAAUAAAGAUCUGGUUUCAAAAUAGAAGGAUGAAAUACAAAAAGGAUCAGAAAUCGAAGGGGAUAAUGCACUCUCCAAUCGGACACUCCCCGGACAGAAGCCCACCAUUAAGUGGCCCAAAUCACAUUGGAUAUUCUGGUCAGCUCCCUCAUGUAAACAGCCUGAGCUAUGAUGCGCCCUCGCCUCCGUCAUUUGCCAAACCGCAGCAAAACGUGUACGGCUUGGCUGCAUACACGGCACCCUUAGGAGGCUGCAUACCGCAACAGAAAAGGUACCUAGGCUCCGAAUACGAACACCACAGCAUGCAAGGCAAUGGUGGUUUUGCCAACGCUAAUUUACAAGGCAGUCCCGUGUAUGUUGGGGGGAAUUUCGUUGAUUCCAUGCCAGCCUCGGGCCCCAUGUUCAACCUCGGCCAUCUUCCUCAUCCUUCAUCCGCCAGCGUGGACUACAGCUGUGCCGCCCAGAUUCCAGGAAACCACCACCAUGGACCCUGUGACCCCCACCCCACAUACACAGACCUCACCUCUCACCAUGCGUCUCAGGGACGGAUCCAAGAAGCGCCUAAACUUACGCAUUUGUAAUAUUGAGGAUUCCCAUCUGUGUGCCCAAAUUAUAUGUUACGCUCUUUUAUUACCUCACUAUUCAAAAGUAAUUUAUAUGAUUACACUCCAAGCGAGUCACGUGUAUUACAGUAUUAUUAUUGCUAUUACUAUUAAUGCUAUUGUGUAAUUAUUUUCUAAGCAUAGCUGUUUCUUGACUGUUGAGGAUGCGCAGUGGCAGACCGUUUGUCAGUUGUUCGUUUUCUGAAGUGCAAUGCGCAAUAUAAGGACUGACAUUUUCAUAACAUGACUUGAAGGUAAGUCCAGUAGAUCUGACAGUAGACACCCAUCUUAAUAGAGAUGGAUUUUUAUUAAAAAAAAUACUCUUAUCUGUCAAAUGCCAUUAUUUAUUUCCCCAAUAUUAUAUUGCAUUUAUCUCUUUUUAUUACCUAUUUAUUAUUUAACAACGUUGUAUCGCACAUUAUUUGUCAUAAAAUACACGAGUAUUUAUAUAAGUAUGGAACUUAUGCAACAUAGUUGCACCGACUUAACAACAUUCAUCAAGUAAACAGAUUUUCGGUUACUGCUAGUUUGUCAUGAUUCUGGUGAUAGUUGUGUGAGCUAAAUCCUUUGUGAAUUCCUGGGAUGCAUUUCCAUGGUCAAUUGUGUCACAGCAUCACUGAAGACAUUUAUAGGCUUUAUUGAAAUAUCGAUGGUCAUAGAAAUUUAAACACACCAGCAUGUCAUGUUGCGUCGUUCAUUGCAGAUUUUCAUAUCAUAUUAUUUCAUUCAGUUGGACUAUUCAUACAUUUAUGAAACCUUAAUGCUAUGGAAAUGUUAUAUUUUAUUGUGUUUAACAUUUUGUAAAUAAAGUGUUUAAAUUCA